GUAAAUUCCCAAGUUGACAUCAAUCUACUCCGAACUUCAGCCUGGGCUCGGAGUUUUCUCUAUCCGUUCUCUAACCCUCUGUUCGCUCUCAUCGUAUUUCCCAAUCUUUUGCUGCAAUCAGAUCAGCAAACCCAUCAAUGGCCGAUGGGCACUCGAAGCAAGGAGGCUAUGUCUGGGCGAUCUUCGCCGGGCUCAACGCCGCUCUCGCCGCCGUCUCCGCCAAGUUCUUCUUCUCUGCGAUUUUCAAGUAUGGAUUAGUCGUUUUAUGCAAUGUUGUCAUGUGGGGAUGCUACGUCAACAGCCUAAGAGCUUUAUCCUCUUUACAAGCUACGGUCACUAACUUCGCUGCUAAUUUUCUCUUGUCCGGUUUGGCCGGUUUCUUCCUUUUUGGGGAAUCGCUAUCUUUUCGGUGGUUUGCAGGAGCUUUGUCGAUGAUAAUUGGAGUUCUUAUACUCAGCAAAUCGAGCAUCGAGAAGAAGGCUAGCACAGAUUAAAAACGAAACAUGCCAACCCGGGAUCAUCUCCUCUGUACAUCUUUUGCUUGACUAAUAUACCUCAUCAUAGCAGAUUCCAUCUUUAGUUUAGAUUUACUUGUUUGUGUUUUCGAGUGGCGGUGUAGUCCAAAGGGAAGAAUCCCGAGUUUUUUUUUGCACACGAAAACAAUCUAAUACCGUGCGAUAUAGAUUGCGGAUUGUAUAGGUGCCUUUGGCAGUUGGAGAUGUUCAAUAGGUCCAGUGUCUAGCUAUGCAGAUCAACAUGCUAAUACCGUGUGACCUAUGUGGGUUUUGGUGUUCAUUUCGCAAUGAGCGAGCUAAUCUUCAACGAAUGUAUUUUGUUGUUUUAGUUUUAGUUUUUCUCAGUUAUUUUUUA